UGCCAUGGAGGCGCAGCAGUCCGCCGGCAUGUCCGAUCUCGCCGCCCGCCUUACCAAGCGACUCGCGGAUCCUUACAGCGACCGCAACCUGGUCUUCUCGCCGCUCUCCAUCUACGUCGUCCUGGCGCUCCUGGCCGCCGGCGCCCGUGGGAAGACCCUGGAAGAGAUCCUCCGCGCCCUAGGGGCACUGUCCCGCCGCGAGCUUGAGGACUCCGUGGCGCGACUCUUGGACGGCCCCCUCAGGGACAGGUCGUCGGAGCCUGGCGGCAGCGGGCCGAGCGUGGCGUUCGCGUGCGGCGUGUGGAGCGACCUGACGCAGCUGCUGAAGCCGGCCUUCCGCGACGCCGUCGUCGGCAGGUACAGGGCCGAGGCCAGCUCCGUCGACUUCCGCAACGACCUAAAGCAAGCGGUGCGGCAGAUCGACGCUUGGGCCGCGGCGGCCACGGGGAACCUCAUCCAGUCCGCUGUCCCUCCGGGAGCCGUACACCGGAAGACCAGGCUCGUGCUGGCCAACGCCAUCUACUUCAGGGGCAAAUGGGACGUGCCGUUCUACGAGAGCUCGACCAAGAACAGGCCCUUCUACCGGCAGGACGGCACCGCCGUCGACGUCCCCUUCAUGUCCAACUACGACCGUCACUUGAUCGCCGAGCACGACGGGUUCAAGGUGCUCAAGCUACGCUACAAGAGUGGUGCACGGUACAUGUCCAUGUGCAUCUUCCUCCCGGACGCGCGCGACGGCCUGGCGAGCCUUCUGGACAAGAUCACGUCGUCUUCCCCGGCAGGCUUCCUGCGCGAGCACCUGCCGAACAGCAAGGUCUCGACCGGCAAGUUCGGGGUGCCCAAGUUCGAGCUCUCCUUCGACAGCAGCCUCGACGGCGUCCUCAACGACCUGGGGCUCCUGAUAGACGCCGACCUCUCCGAGAUGCUGGAGGACGACGUCCUGGGUCUCCUGCUAGACGCCGACCUCUCGGAGAUGUGUACGAGUCUCAUCUCUUUAGGUUUACCGGGGGCAUUUUGGGAAUACCAGAAAAAGUGA